AUGUACAGUGCACGCUGGGGCGUCGAGCAGUCUGGGAAACUCAACAUAGGCGACGACGACGCCGUGCUGUCUGUAGACACGUGUUGUCUUCACUUAGGUGAAUUUUGUAUAAAUCACCCGCGUGUUAUUCCAUUGGACACAAAUAGCGAUGGCUCAAGUCACAAGACAGACGAAGUGGCGCGGGCGCGGGCCGGGCGCGGCGUCGAUAGCGCGAUGCCGCAAUGGCCGCUCCGCUUGGCGCCAACGCCGCACGUUAUUUCCGACGCCAUUGCUCACGCUGGCUUCGAC